GCGAAUAUUCUCCGCAUAUGGCAGAUGCGCGAGGAAUAUCCAGGGAAUUUACAUUCCGUUCCGUGCCUACAAAUAGGGCUGGCACCCGGUUCGUAGCUUCUUAUCUCUGUCUGGCGCCAAUACAAAAACAAUGGCUCUGAAGGCCGUUCAUGUCGGCGGCCAGGUCACGGAGAAGGCGUCUCCGCCGCCUGUAUGCCGGUACCCACAAGGGUAUGGAUUUGCAGGUGCGCGGAAAUUUGUGGUUAUUGGGCACAGAGGGAACGGGAUGAACGUGGUGCAGUCUCCGGAUCGGAGGCUCAACGGUUUCAAGGAGAACACCAUUCGGUCUUUCAACGCAGCCGCUCAUUUCUUGCCCGAUUUCAUCGAGUUUGACGUCCAGGUCACAAAAGACGACUGCCCUGUUAUCUUUCACGACGAUUUCAUUCUUUCCCAAGAUCACGAUGGGGUGGUGGAGAAGAAAAUGACGGAGUUGAGCUCAGCAGAAUUCCUGAGCUACGGGCCGCUGCUCAGAAAAGCAAAAGACGGGAAGAUAGCGAGGUGGUGGGUGGAAAGGGACGACGCCCUCUGCACUCUCCAAGAAGCACUGGAAAAGGUAAACCCGAAGGUGGGCUUCAACAUCGAGCUGAAAUUCGAGGAGCACAGGGCGUACCCGCAAGAGCAGCUGAGGCGAGUGUUGGGGGCAGUGCUCCGGGUUGUGUCCCAGCACGCCAAUGACAGGCCCAUCCUCUUCUCAACGUUCCAGCCUGACGCCGCCCUGAUGGCGAAGCAACUCCAGAGCAUGUAUCCGGUGUUCUUCCUCACCAACGGCGGCGGAUCCGAGGUUCACAGCGGGGCCCGGGAUGCGAGGAGGGGCUCGCUGGAGGAGGCCGUCAAAUUGUGCCUGGAGGGGGGUCUGGAAGGGAUCGUGUGUGAAGUGAAGGGCGUGUUUAAGAAUCCUGCGCUGGUGAAUCAUAUCAAGGACUCUAACCUCUCCCUCUUCACCUACGGCACUUUAAACAACGUGGUGGAAGCCGUAUAUAUGCAGCAUAUCAUGGGCAUUGACGGAGUGAUCGUUGAUUUUGUGGGAGAAAUAUCGCAGGCAGUGGCGGAUAUGUUGAAGGAUGAUCAUCAUGAUCAUGAUCAUCAUCAUGAUGUGCGUGCACAGAACAAGCCUAACUUCUCACCCAAGCAGUUGUCUUUUUUGCUCAACCUAAUUCCCAACCUCAUACAACCUCAUUAGAUCCAUAUAUAGAAUUGAUUAUAUAUAAAUACCAUGCAUAUGUGCAGCAUUCAUUCUCCAAUCCUAUCAUGUAUGAAUCUUAUUUGAACAAAUAUGCAUGGAGUAUGUAGUAAAGACCUACCGUUCGGUUCUUUUGUAAAUUAUAUAUUUCGCCCUGCCCCCAGCCCAGCCCAACCUCCAACUCUAUCUCCAUUAUGUAUUUAAAAUGAGCAGUUAUUUUUAAUAAUUUAUUUAAACAUUAUGAAAAACUUCUUUAUAAAAUUUUAUCCAAAAAUAUCAUCGGAAACCACCUCAAACAAUUACUACGUAAUAUAUUACUCCUUCCGUCUCGAAAUGAAGUUCUCGAUUUGACAUACACACAUAUUUAUAUAAGGUGAAGUUAUGUUUUGACUUUCUAAGUUUACCCUUAUUUUAUUUAAUCUAGAGAUGA